AUUUAGGGUGGAAAACGGAAAUACAUUAAUGGAUACCUAAUAAAGUCUAAACUAGCUUAAUGGGCCGUAACGUUAGACAACAGUGGGCCUGACGUACCAAGCAGUAUGGAAGGGCGUUCGCAACGAGACAGUGGGACCUAUCGUACCAAACAGUAUGGUGUUUAUGUGAAGGGCGUGCGCAAACCUUGCCGUUUACUAGAAGUUUAUUACAGCGUAAAAAGCUUUCUGUUCUCUUCAAGACUUUAAUAAACCCCCAACGAAUCUGCGAAAGCUCCGUCGUCAAUGGCGUCUGCUCUACGUAGAACCGCAAGCCGUCUUCGUCACCGACUUCGCUCCUCAAGCGAUCUACUAUCUCCGCCGUGCAUCUCCGACGCGCUUCGUCAAGGAGUAGAUUCCUCUCUUCCUCGACCGGUUCGACUUAAUGAUGAUGUCUUGGUUUCGUGGAUGAGCUUCUUCUUGCUGUUUGCUACUGGUGCUGGACUGGUCUACUAUUAUGAUAGGGAAAAGAAACGUCAUAUCCAAGAUAUAAAUACAAAUUCUAUAGCCGUGAAGGAAGGACCAUCUGCUGGGAAAGCAGCCAUUGGAGGACCAUUCAGUCUUAUAAGAGACGAUGGGAAACGUGUUACGGAGAAAGACCUGUUGGGAAAAUGGACCAUCUUGUACUUUGGGUUCACUCAUUGUCCUGAUAUAUGUCCUGACGAGCUUAUUAAGUUAUCUGCUUCCAUUGACAAAAUCAAGGAAAAGUCUGGAGUAGAUGUGGUUCCAGUGUUUAUCUCUGUGGAUCCUGAAAGAGACACAGUUGAGCAAGUACAUGAAUAUGUCAAAGAAUUUCAUCCGAAGCUGGUUGGAUUAACCGGGAGCCCUGAAGAAAUCAAAUCGGUGGCCCGUUCUUACAGGGUGUACUACAUGAAGACAGAAGAGGAAGAUUCAGACUAUCUCGUUGAUCACUCUAUAGUCAUGUACUUGAUGAGUCCGGAGAUGAGUUUUGUGAAAUUUUACGGGAAGAAUCAUGAUGUUGACUCGUUGACCGACGGCGUUGUAAAAGAGAUUCGACAGUACCGCAAGUGAAGAGUCUUCGAAGCACACACUCAAGGGGAAAACAAAGUGAUUAGUUGCCAUAUUGGAUUUGUUGGUGAUCAUUAAUACAAGAAUUUCUCAUUACACGAAAAUGUGUUUCAAAUCCCACGACAAUAUAAUUAAGCGAUCUAAUAAAAAUUGAUAUAUCCACCAACUA